AUUGAACCACUUUGUUGUUGGCGUUGCAGAUGCAUCAACACGUGGAUGUGUCAGUCAAUUAACGCGCAAUGAUUGGUCAAGAAGCUAGUAUCAGUGGAGAGGUCUUCAACGCCUUAACCUAUAUUCUUCAACAUCAGCAAGCCUCGUCAGAGUGAGGACGUGGUGUGCUGCAUGGAUAUGGGCUUCGGGCUUGCAUUUGGGAACAGUAUCUAUCAGAAGCUGGGAGCUCGGCGUGCUUGAUAGGGCUGUUGGGGGCUGUGUAGCAUGUAGCUGCAGCUCCUCGUUGUUCGGUUGGCGAAUCGAGGGAGGCGGAAUAUUUGUAUGUUGGAUGGUUAAUAUGUUCAAAUAUGACUGGCGCUGGACCCGGCUGCUGCCUGGCUGAGGCAUCCUCUUUCGUUGAGCCUCCAUGACGAGCAGGCCGCGAAUACCCUUUCAGUGCGCAUUUGAGGACAACAGGUCGUUGCAGUUUUUAGGCUAUCUCAAGGCUGGAAUGUCCGACCAUCUUCACGUUCCCAUUCCAGUUCAUCCAUUGUUCUUUCAGAGGAGCUCCCCCGCGCUUUCCUUUCACACCGACAACGUGGCGGGGUAAUUAGUUACCAGCUUAAACUUUGCUGACGACCGCCAUCUUUGAUAUUGACCUUCAGUUUUCCUUCGGCUCGCGAGCUCGUGUGGCAUCAAACUUAGCUUGUACCAAUUCCCUAUCGCUUGCUGGCUCGCAUCAUCAGCAUUCGCUGCCUAUACCGUCGUACGGAAAAGCGUCAUGGAGCAACAACAACUUAUCGACGACUUGGCGAGUACGCCCAGUCCACCGGCACAAGACAAUAUGCCUAUGGCUACUGAAUCUGGAUCACCAAGAGCUGUAACCUUCAGUGAGCCCCAACCGGAGCCCCCAAAACCACAUCAACCCCAUCCUGCGACUCGAAAUGCCAUGCAGCAGAACUUCAUGGACAUCGUGGCUACCAGAUGCCACCUCGCCCCAGCCAAAGGCAAAGAUACCUCCGUCUUGGCCUUCAUCAUCUUUCCCAAAGACUACAUUGGAACCACUUGUGACGGCGGCCGAUGGGGUGAUUUCAAGCUCCGUAUGAGCUACGAUUCGCUCAUCGCUCUCAAUUCUGCCAAGAUCAACAACAUGUUCAAACCCCGGGCCCAGGAGCGGUUCCGUCGCCGACUGGCUACUGACCUAGGUGUGAAAGACCUGCCGGAAGGCGUCAAGUAUGUUCUGGACUUCACGCCUCCGGUUGAGGGAGCUGAGCUAGCAGACCUUACUGCGAAGCUCUGGCUGCCUAAGAUGGUCAAAUUGUGGUUUCUUGCUGGCCACUAUUCGCCAGACCCAGUCCUCAAAUGUUUCCAAGAUACUGAUUUCCGGAGCCGGCUGAUGGCAGACUCUGCAGUUGGCGCCAUCAUGGUAAUGGGGCAUGAUGAUAUUUGCAGACGUCAGAACUGCCUUACUGAUGCAUCUCCGUGGGAAGUUGACGGUAGUUGCCCGGGAAUUGUUCCCGAUGACGAAAGUACCCCGAUGUGCCACAUCCCCCUUUGGCGAAGAAUUGAGGAUUAUUGUCCUAUACGGCAUCGUGUCUGCAUCAUGCGUGUUUUGCAGGCGAUCAACGGGAAGGAUCUGAUGCUGAAUUCGGCAGUAAGAAUGUGGACCGUCGCACAAGUGGCCAUCUCUCUGGAGGUUCCACAGGUCGUGGUUGACCCGGUCACCCAAUGGCUCAGUGCUCCUCCAAACACAAAGUUCACAGAAAUUUGUCCCGAAAAAGCGUUUGAGCUUGCCUACGCGCUCAGAAUCCCAAGUAUCUUGACGGCCGCCUUCAAGAUCCUGGUCAGCGAAACUGCCGUCGACUACGCCAAAGCGCUCCGGUCGCCACGUCUUCCUAAAGAAAGCUGGGUGCAGCGUCCCCGAGAUGACUACGGCGACUUCCCUUCUGAUCCCGUCGAAUACGGCGCCAGGGCUUUUCUUGAUAGGAUGACGGGCAAAUACAAGUUGCUCAAAUCUGAUGCCGUUCUCAACUAUCUCCCCACCCGGAUCGCUGAAUGGGACCAUCUCAUGGCGACGAAACAAGUUAUCGAUCGGUAUGGGCAUUCUGAGGUGAAGGAGGCCUAUGAGCGACUGACCAGGGGGUUGGUACAUAUCGUUCACGAGUACGUGGACAGAGUGAUGACAGCUGAAACGCAAGGUUGCGAGAUUGAUGGCCUUCCGCAGAAAGUGGUCGAGUUGGUGGAGGCUCAACGACGGCAUUACGUCCCCGCAAAGUCCCAUUUGCCCUUGCAUCUGGUAUACUCAAAACUGGAUCCCUCGCAAAAGGUUCUCACGCCGUACUUGUGGAGGAAUUUGCGCGAGAAGCUCGAGACUUUUGCGGAGAUGGCGAACACGAAGGUUGAUGGUGAUUAUCUAGAGCAGCUCAGGCUCACAUUUAACAAGGAAAUGUCGAGGAUUCGCCAUCCUGAGGCAGUGGAAAUGUUGAGCGACAUUGCGAGUGCUGGUGGUGGCAAUCGCCAAGUCUGGACGGGGUGGUUUGACCUGUUCAAGUUCCACAGCGGGUUGCACUAUGCGCUCAAGGACUUGACCACCAGGGUGCUGGGGCAUCACGAUGAGAACAUGUUUUCGUUCUUCCUUUCGGACCACUUGCUGCUGAAUCUUGAGGAUAGCGAGCUCAAGUACUUGCCGAUUUGGGCAGAUGGUGGGUUGGAUGACGGGUCGGGGGGUGUCUUUCAGGAGGUCAUUCCCGAGGCGGAGAUGGGGCCGAGUGAGCCCGGGCCGGGUUAUCAUACAGGGUAUACGGUUGCAGGGACGGACACGGACAUGGCCAGUACGGUUGGGUAUGCGCCUACGAUGGUGAGUAAAUCUGAUUUGGGGUUCGGAGAGUUGUUGUUGGAUGAUGCGACGGUGGCGAGGAGUGUAAGUGUUCAGCAGACUGGGGCUGAGGAGAGCGAGUGGGGUGGGAUUAUAUCGGAUAAUAAGAGGAGGGUGGUGGCUGUGCCGAGUGAGAUGACGAGCGAGGAUCGGUUUACGGAGGGGGAGGAUGGGGAGUGGAAUGAGGCUAUGUAUGAGAGGCCGGCGGGGCAUCAGGCUGUUGGGCAGGCGUUGGAGGAGUAUGUGGAGGAGCCGGGGUUGGAGGGUGGCUUUUUGAAGGGGAAAGGGGUGGACGAUGUCAUGAGUCUGGAUGAUGACGAUGAUGACGAUGAUGACGAUGGGACCUCGACGCUGGACGGGUUUGAGGAUAUGGAUGAUGUGAACUUUGGGCUUUGA